CAUGUCCGCCCGCGCAUGCGCAUCGCUCUUUACAACGGUGACGCAGAACCCUCCAUAGCUAGGUACUACGCAUGCGCGGACAUGCGCGCCCACUCUGUAUAUAAGGAGGUGUUGUUCAUUUUUGCAAGAUGGACCAGUCAUCUCAAUCCUACAUGCUUGCCAAUCUGACCCAUCUUCAUUCAGAACAACUCCUGCAGGGCUUAAAUCUCCUCCGCCAGCACCACGAGCUCUGCGACAUUGUCCUCCGGGUCGGCGACGUCAAGAUCCACGCUCACAAAGUGGUGCUGGCCAGCAUCAGCCCAUACUUCAAAGCCAUGUUUACUGGGAACCUGUCCGAGAAAGAGAACUCGCAAGUGGAAUUUCAGAGUGUUGAUGAAGCAGCUCUUCAGGCCAUCAUUGAAUAUGCUUACACUGGAACUGUUUUCAUCUCCCAGGAGACAGUGGAAUCUCUUCUUCCAGCAGCAAACCUGCUCCAGAUCAAGCUAGUGCUGAAGGAGUGCUGUGCAUUCCUGGAGAGCCAGCUCGAUGUGGGCAAUUGUAUAGGGAUUUCUCGCUUUGCUGAGACGUAUGGAUGCCAUGAACUAUACCUGGCCGCUAACAAGUAUAUCUGCCAGAACUUUGAGGAUGUGUGCCAGACUGAAGAAUUCUUUGAACUGUCCAAUUCGGAGUUGCAUGAAAUCGUUUCCAGCGACUGUCUGAAUGUUGUUAAUGAAGAGACUGUCUUUUAUGCCCUCGAAUCGUGGAUAAAGUAUGACGUGCAGGAGAGGCAAAAGUCUUUGUCUCAGUUGUUGCACUGUGUCCGACUGCCGCUUCUGAGUGUCAAGUUUCUAACCAGGUUGUAUGAAGCAAAUCAUCUGAUACGCGAUGACCACACAUGUAAACAUUUGCUGAAUGAAGCUCUGAAAUACCAUUUUAUGCCUGAACACAGACUCUCCCAUCAGACGGUGCUAAAAACACAGCCUCGGUGUGCCCCAAAAGUGCUUUGUGCAGUGGGAGGGAAAGCAGGACUAUUCGCUUGUCUGGAAAGUAUGGAAAUGUAUUUUCCUCGGGAUGAUUCAUGGAUAGGGUUGGCCCCUCUAGGCUCCCCACGAUACGAGUUUGGACUGUGCACCCUGGACCAGAAAGUGUAUGUUGUGGGAGGUAUUGCAACUCACAUGCGACAAGGAAUCAACUACAGGAAGCAUGAGAACUCUGUAGAAUGUUGGGAUCCUGUCACAAAUAAAUGGACAUCAAUUGAGAGAAUGAACGACUGUAGAAGUACCCUUGGAGCAGUCGUUUUAGCAGGGGAAAUGUAUGCCUUGGGUGGUUAUGAUGGACAGUCAUGUUUGCAAUCAGUGGAAAAGUACAUACCAAAAGCUAAGGAAUGGCAUCCUGUGGCACCAAUGAUUAAAACAAGAAGUUGCUUUGCCGGCGCUGUAUUGGAUAGCAUGAUAUACGCCAUUGGUGGCUAUGGUCCAGCCCACAUGAAUAGUGUGGAGCGCUAUGAUCCCAGUAGGGACUCCUGGGAGAUGGUGGCCUCAAUGGAAGAUAAGAGAAUCAAUUUCGGAGUCAGUGUUAUGUUGGGCUUUAUUUUCGUAGUUGGAGGGCACAAUGGUGUAGCCCAUCUGUCAAGUAUUGAGAGAUAUGAUCCCCAUCAAAAUCAGUGGACUGUUUGUAGACCUAUGAAGGAACCCAGAACAGGAGUUGGUGCUGCUGUUAUCGAUAACUACCUCUAUGUAGUUGGGGGUCACUCGGGGUCAUCUUAUCUGAAUAAUGUUCAAAAAUAUGACCCUAUCACAGACACGUGGCAGGACCUGGCAGGAAUGGCAUAUUCUCGAUGUAAUUUUGGUCUUACUGCCCUUUGAUGAAGACGCAAGCAAAUCAUGUAUGAUCUAUUUCUGCAUGAACGGGUGCCCAAAGCUUUCCAAGCUGGUUGCUGCAGUAGGAACACAAGAUGCAGCAGGAACCUAUCCUACAAACAUGACACGUGUUCCUACAGACUGAAGUCAAGUCUUCAUGUAAUGUGAAGAAACAGCUGGUCACCCGCAAUCGUUGAUCCUAGUCGGCGAGAAAGCAUGAAGCUACCGCGAGGAAUCUCUUAAGAAAGACGAGAAAUCCAAAUUAGUUAAACAUUUGCAACUGUUACUGUGAGCGGGCAUGUGAAGAACAUUCAGUAGGCUUUGCAGGUUCCUAACAUUAAUGCUAACAUUUACGAUUUUAAGGAGAGUGAAACAUAAUGUGAAAAAAGUAUUGCGAGUGAAAAGCUAUACAUCCAAAUAAAAAUGUUAUUGUGGCAAAAAGAUAUAACCGUGCAUUAUAGAAAAUGUGUUUCUGUAAUAGAUCUGUUUAGAGAGACUAAAACAUCAGAUGUUGAGUAAAAC